AUAGAGUUAAAAUUGGCACAUGUCAGCGCCCACUAAAUGCAAUCCACGUGUUGUGGAUCCAGUUGUUGGCUAUCCAAGUCAGUGACUUGGAGUGUGAAGAAUACCUGUGGAUUUAUACAGUUUUUGUAUAUUUUCUUUUUCUUGUACAUGAUCUGGGCUUAGGCCUUGUGUACAGCUAGUAAUUUAGUAACUGCUAAAGCAUUGCUAUUACUAUCAAAUUAGUGCAGGUUAGAAAGUGUCAAAAGAUCAAUGUACUUCAUGGGGAUUUAACUGAUAUGCCUAAGCCUUGUGUGCAUACAUGUAAAGCAUUCAAUGUAGGGAGAGCCAAACUGUAUGACCAAUUUCUGCAAAAAGUUGAAUUUAAGUGUACCUGUCACUAACUUACAACAGAUAAAUAUCCAAUAUAUCCAAUCUUUGUCUGUAGAAGAGUGACUUGUUCUUUCUCUGCAAUUCUCAUAUCCCAUAAUGCUCAGCUAGCCUUCAAAUGGUGAACUCAUUGAAUAACUUGGUGAUACUUUGCCUCUUGUGGGUGAUUGUGUACAUGGGCACUUUAGCCAGCCAAGCUCAUUCUGUGUAUAGAACAGGAGUUGACAACACACAGUAAACCUUAUCUGCAUUUAGAAUAAUGUCACAGAUGACACAUCACCAGCGGCACAGAAGAGCUUUUCACUUGCUGGGCCCAAACACUGCAAAAUCUUCCCUGCUAGGGAGCGAUUCAUUACAGACCGAUAAGUGAUCCAGGUACUAGCGAGUUGUCACCAGCAACCAGAAUCAUCCCCUGUGACAUCAAUCUAAAAGUGAGCAGUCAGAGCGAGCAAUGAAGAAUACUCUUAGUUUUGUAUGCAGGAUAUUUUUAGCAAUCGCUCUGAAUGCUCAUCGUCCCACCACGAUUUUGUGCCUGUUGGGUUCAGUGAUCAUCUCUUUACAACCAACAGAUACAGAAAACGUUCCCAUGUACACAGAUACAGAGAACGUUCCCAUGUACACAGAUACAGAGAACGUUCCCAUGUAUACAGAUACAGAGAACGUUCCCAUGUACACAAACACAGAUACAGAGAACGUUCCCAUGUACACAAACACAGAUACAGAGAACGUUCCCAUGUACACAAACACAGAUACAGAGAACGUUCCCAUGUCCACAAACACAGAUACAGAGAACGUUCCCAUGUACACAAACACAGAUACAGAGAACGUUCCCAUGUACACAAACACAGAGAACGUUCCCAUGUACACAAACACAGAUGCAGAGAACGUUCCCAUGUACACAGAUACAGAGAACGUUCCCAUGUACACAAACACAGAUGCAGAGAACGUUCCCAUGUACACAAACACAGAUGCAGAGAACGUUCCCAUGUACACAAACACAGAUGCAGAGAACGUUCCCAUGUACACAAACACAGAGAACGUUCCAUGUACACAAACACAGAUACAGAGAACGUUCCCAUGUACACAAACACAGAUGCAGAGAACGUUCCCAUGUACACAAACACAGAUGCAGAGAACGUUCCCAUGUACACAAACACAGAUGCAGAGAACGUUCCCAUGUACACAAACACAGAUGCAGAGAACGUUCCCAUGUACACAAACGCAGAUACAGAGAACGUUCCCAUGUCCACAAACGCAGAUACAGAGAACGUUCCCAUGUACACAAACGCAGAUACAGAGAACGUUCCCAUGUACACAAACACAGAUACAGAGAACGUUCCCAUGUACACAAACACUAAGGCACUUAUAGGGCAUUUCAUGUCUUACAUCUGUUCUGUGCUCUUUGCUGUAGUCUGCCUAAAUUAUAUUUUGGUUGUUUUCAUAUAUUUCUGACUUUGCCUUUCAAAGUGUCCUGCAACUGUGCCUUCACGCUUUCUGGAAAGGUAUAUCAAUUUGGAGUUUUAAUUUUGUAAGUAGUGUAUAUAUUAAAGUGAAAUGAGUGGUGCCCAAAUGAA